AUGGAGGAGGUGUCGGCAGCCCUGGCCAAAAUGCAGCCAGAGCUCAUCUGUCACAUCUGCCUGGACUACCUCAAUGACCCCGGCACCAUCGACUGCAGCCACAACUUCUGUGACUCCUGCAUCUGCAUGUCAUGGAAGGACUUGCAGAAUACAUUCCCUUGUCCCAUGUCCCGGCAAUCCUGCCAGGAGAUGCGCGUCACUGCCAACGCCCAGCUGGGCAGGCUGGUGGACCUGGCCAAGCUCCCACACAGCUCUGGGAGCAGAAAGAUGGCGCGGGCAGAGGAAGGCAGGUGUGAGGAGCACAGGCAGGGGAUGAGCCUCUUCUGUGAGGAGGAUCAGGAGCUGGUGUGUCCCUUGUGCGCCCAGGGCCCUGCCCACCAGGGCCACCACGUCAGGUCAGUGGCUGAGGCAGUGGCUCACAGACAGAGGGUCGGCGAGUGCAUCGGAUCCCUGACGAAACAGCUGGCUGAGGUGCAGAAGAGAAAACCUGAGGAACUCGACCUUGUGAGCAAAAACAUCCGUGUACUGCACUUUCCACACCUAAGGAUGGAGAAGGUGUCAGCAGCCCUGGCCAAAAUGCAGCCGGAACUCAUCUGUCUUGUCUGCCUGGACUAUCUCAAUGAUCCCGUCACCAUCGACUGCAGCCAAAACUUCUGCGACUCCUGCAUCCGCAUGUCAUGGAAGGACCUGCAGGACACAUUCCCUUGUCCCAUGUGCCAGCAGUCCCGCUUGGAGAUGCGCAUCAGUGCCAACGCCCAGCUGGGCAGGCUGGUGGACCUAGUCGAUCCUGCACAGAUCUGA